CCAUAUCGCUCGCAUAUGUGGAAGAAAACAAGAGCGAGCAACAGCGGUGCGCAUCAUGUUAAUACCUUCUCUCCUUUUGACCGUUUCAUACCAGCGCAUCUCAAUUCCACGCGUCCCCCGAGCGGCAUCAUCGUCACCAUUUAUCAUUUAUUUCUGAGCCAAUGGACCAGCGAAAAGAAAGCACUCAGUCUGAUGCGCAGUUUCGGUUUCCCUUUUGCAUCAUCAUCAUCAUCAUCAUCACCAUCGAUAGACCGUCAAUAUUGCCAAGGACACAGAUAGACUCUUUGACUCUCUUGUCCCGAGUGUGCAGCUGCAUCUAUCUAUCUGUUUCUAAGUUUUUCUUUUUACUCUCCCUGGCAAGCAAGCGUCCCAAGCAGACAAGAAUUCAAAUAGCGUCAACUACAAGCGUCUACAUACACGGGAACUGGCGUCCUUGGAAGCGAAUCUUAUUGGACCUGCGUGGCGUCUUUUAUUCUUCUUAUUUGAUGAUUUCCAUGUCGAUGGGUUUCGUCUUUGAUUCGACGACUCGUUUAUUGCCGAUCCUUCGUCUUAUCAUCAUUGUCUCCCACUAUAGUUGUCAUUAUGGGCAUAUAUCCUCUUCUUCUUUUCUCAUUUUCCUCCCAUUAUCUCUUUUCUUAUCUUUUCUUUUCUUUUUUUCCCUUCGUCUUUGCUGCAUAUGUAUCCUGUCCAACGGCGUCAUGUACAUAGGACUGAUUUAAUUUCCAAUUGCAAUAUCAAGCAAUGUCUCAAGUCAAGGUCAUGUGUAUUAUGCUUUCGUCCCAAAGU